AUGUCUUUUACAUCCUUACUACCAGCACCAAAACAUUCCCAAAGCGUCCCAGAGGAUAACUUUAAUGCAGAGCAAAAGAAUAAGGAAUUGGCUGUUCGGGCCUUAACACAUCAGAAGGAUGAACAGGAUAUUGAACGAUCGGUGUUCGAUUCUGCUAUUACUAAUAAUCUGAAGUUUCAAGAUUUUGUACCGAUCCGUCAAAAAGAUUUUGGCCUGCAGAUACCCUUACCAUCUCAAAAUGAAAUUGACGAGACUUAUCGACGUACUAAAGGAAUAUUUGAACAGAUUUUACUGAAAAAUACACAGCCUGAAGCAGCCACCAUUAGAAAUAACCAGAGGGCACUUGAAAACACCCAGGAAAUUUUAGUCCACAGUACUGGUGGUAAGUCUAAUAGGAAAUUGAAAGUGAUUGAACAUGCUAAGGAUCCGUUACAACCAAAUGCCCAUAGGGCAAAGAAAGUAGUUGCACCACCUGUUGAUGAACCAAUGACACCAAUCUUCCACAAGACUGAUUCAGUGGAAACCGCUAAAAAAGUGAGCAAAGAGGAAAAAGAUAUGUGGAAAAUACCUCCUGCUAUUUCUAGUUGGAAAAAUCCUAAUGGUUACACUAUUGGUAUUGAUAAAAGGUUAGCAAUGGACGGUAGAUACAAUAAAGAUAAAAUGCAAGCUCAUGAAAUUAACGAUGGAUUUUCGCAGCUAUCUGCGGCACUAGAAAUGGCAGAUCGAAAGGCUAGACAGGAACUCAAGUUGAAAGCAGAAGCCAAGAAACAAAUUGCAGAAGAUGAAAAUAGAGAGAAGGGAGAGAAGCUGAGGAUUUUGGCUCAAAAAGCUAGAGAAGAGAGAUCACGUCAAAGAAACAAGAGAAGUCACAGAGCUAUUGACGAUGGAUAUAACAACGAGGCAACCCACCGUGAAGCCAUUAGGAAGUCAAGACGAGAAGAACUGGAAAGAGAUAUAAGAAAAUCAAAGAUGAGCACUGCUGAUCGUUUAAGAGAACUGGCAUAUUCUCAAGGAAGGGAAGUAUCAGAAAAAGUUGUAUUAGGUGCCGCCAAGUCGACAAAUUCUUCAGGAGCACAUUAUGAUUCAAGACUAUUCACUAAAGGCGCUAAUACACAGGCAAAGAGAGGUGAAGGGCAAGUUUACGAUAACCCUCUUUUUUCACAAUUAGGAUCAUCGUACAGAGCUAAUUUAAAUAAAUUGGACAAAGAUGUUGAAGAUGAAGCAUCCAUGUCUGCUGGUCAGACUAAACCGAUUGAAUUUACCGCUGCUACUGAUAAUAAUGAUGCGGAUAAAGAGAAGGAAGAGCAUAAAGAAUAUGGAUUGUCAAAGAAAGACGAUCUAUAA